CCUCGCAGUCUCUCAUCCUUGGCGCGGCACCUGAACCCUUCUAAGCUCUGAGUUGCCGCAGCCAAACCUCCUGGCCCCCGGAGAAGGUACUUUCUCCUCCCUCCACCCCACCUUAGCCCCAAGGAGCUUUCUGCUGCCUCCUGAACCCUGACUGCCACCUCCAGGCCUUUGCACGAGCGGUGCCCAGGCUUGGGACCCUCUUUCCACCUUCUGCCUUACUUCUUCCGGGCUCUGGGAAGGUGGUGCUGAUAGUCACUCGCAGGCAGCCCCUCCACUCCUAAAACACUCCGGGCACCAAUAUCAUGGUAAAAGCCCGUAUCAUUUAUGGCGUUUUAGGAGUUUAUGAGCAACAUUUCUUUAACAUUUUAAUGUUAAAACAGAGAUUCUGCAUUGUCAUUUUAUUCAUAUUAUAAAAUACUUUUUUUUUUUAACAAGGUGGGAAAUGCCUCAAUUGUGUUCCUAAUUUUAAGCGGUUUUGCCACACCUCCCGUGCAGGUGUACCUAACUAGAGCAUGUCCAGCCAUAGGAGUGAAUUACCACUGCGCUGAAAUCAACCUGCUAAAAUAGUUUUCAGCACACGCCUUUGAUAAAGACUAACUGGAACUUUAAGUAAUGUAAUCAGGGGGAGGGUCUAUGGGAGGAGCUAGGGCUUAGGGAAGUUCACCAGAGAACCCUGCAGGAAGAACUGUUUAUAAUACAGCUCUAUGGUUCUAACUUCCUUAAAUGGCCCUCCAUGUUGGCAAGCAGGCCAGAAUGUGCGUGUGGCUUGCUAUGUCUGCGUGAGCUGGGUUGCAGCCCUUUGCUUAUUCCCGAAUUAUUCCUGAAUCCUUUUUGGUGACAAAAUACCUAGUCGAUAUUAUUUUUCAGUCGACACCUUCCUACCAGCGUGGUUUCCUAAACCAUGCUCACAAAGCUACAAGCCAACAAUCCUUGAAUCUGCCCACACGGCAGCAAAUGGACAGACAUGGACAGGAACUCAACUAUACUAUGACAACAGCAAAAUAGGUGUAGAUUUCAGUUGCCUGUCAAGGCUGUCUGGACUCUAAGAGCCUGCCCGCUCCUCCAGGCUAGGGAAGCACCGCCCACUGGCUGGCCGAGAUUGAAUUAAAGGAGGAGCUCAAGAGAAAGUCUCCACAACGUUAACAGCAGAAAGAGCAACAGCUGAAUCCCUGGUGCAUCCCUUCCCCCCCAGCCAUUCUGGCCAGCUGGGAAGGAGACAACCGCAGGUCGGUGGGAUGAAGAAAUCCCAGAAACCCUGGACAAUGGAUGGCAUCCGAAUGGACUUGAUGUUUUCCCAUCAACCUGAACUCCCAUGGAGGCCGCGGAGGAGCAUGAAGUGCUCCCAGGAAAACCAGAAUUCCGCGAGAGAUGAAAAGCUGUGGGGAAGCUCUGUCCUGACAAGACAGAUUUCACACGUGUGUGUUGGGUGGGGGGGUUAUACCUUGCUCAAGGCUGAAGGCUAGGAAUGAAAGGCUCUAGGAAUGGAAGGCUAGGCUGAAGCCUCUCCCCACCUGAGGGCCACGGGGCUAAAAGCCCAUUGGUGGACAUACAGCGAAGGGCCCAAGUUUGGCACGCGGAAAGUGGAGGUUACUUGAGCUGCUGCUGAGUCUGUUAGAUUCCGAAGCAAGUCCAGUGUGGUCCUCCAAAAGCCGAAGCCCUGCCUGGCUCUGCCAGGCCUGUGCAGGGCGCACACACAGGAUGUCAGGCACCGACUUGGGUGAGGCAGUUGAGGGGAAUAGAGGAGAGAAAGUAGGGCCGUUGUCCAAGCAACGGGGUGAUAGUGGGGAAGGGCGACUAAAUUCUGUCUCCAUGGAGACUGUACAGGCUGAACGCAAACAUUACUCAAAGUGGGCGCACCCCAAUGGACGGCCUAAGUCCCUGAGGAGCUCACAGUAAAGGUUUGCCACGGUGCCCUGACCCCUGAGUAACGCCAUACCCCUGAUUCUGCCUCCCCCAAUCUCGUGAUGCUGAGACGCAUCCCACCCCACUAGAAUAUUCGGGGUGGGGGAGGGGAAGGCUAAGCUGGAGCAGCGAGCUGGGUGUGGUGCCUUCACGAGUCCCCAUGCCCCAGGCCAGGACCCAUGGCGCCCAGGAAGAGAGGCCAGAGUGCGGGGCGCCACCCGGGCACAGGGGCAGAGGGCGCCACGCCGCCGCUGUCUGAGCACGCGCAGUACCUGCAGCGUGAGUACAAGCUGCUGUCGGAGCAGCUGGACGCCUGCCAGGAGCACGUCGACCAGGUGCUGCAGGAGAACGCCUUCCUGGACGACGAGGCGCUGCGCCUGCGCGAGGAGAACCGGCUCUACGCCAGUUACAUGAGCACCCGUGCGCAGCGCUGCGCCCACGCUAUCGUCCGGCUGGAUGAGCAGAACCUCGUGGACCUGACGCAGGUCCACUGGCAGCGAACAGAGCUAGCUUCUCUCUAUCACGAGCGCGAAGACGGGGUGCGGGCGCAGCUGCUGGAGAUGGAGGCGCGUGCUGCGCAGAUGGCACAGCAGGUGCAAGAGCUGCAGCCCUAUAAGGAACUGCAGCUGGAGCAGCUGGCCCGGAUCCGGACGCUGGAGCGCGAGCUUCUGCACAUGCGCGUGGAGCACACACAGCUGCUCCACCGCGUGAAGCGGCGCUUCCUGGAGGACAAGGCGGCCUUUGAGCGCGAGGCGCGCCAGCGCGUACAGUCCCUGGCUCGGCGCGCGGAGCGGGAGGCGGCGCGCGCGCUCAUCGCGCACACGCAGGCCAUCAAGACGGACAACGGGCGCCUGCGGCAGGAGCUGCUGCGGCUGCUCCGCCGGGCCCAGCUGCUGCGUAACACGCGGAGACAGCUGCUGGAGCAGCGUGAGCAAUUGUGGCGCGAGCAUGAGGACACGCGGGACCUGGCGCGUGUGCAUGCUUGGCUGCACCGGGGCGCCGGGGGCCCGGCGCUGUGGCAACGGCCGCCGCCCGCCUCGCGACUCAUGUCUUUCGCCUCCCCGAAAGGCCCGUCGCGCACAACCUCCGGGAACCUGUCUCAGGUCUCUUCGCGUGCGGACUCCAGGGUCCCGUCAUCAUCGAUCACGUCGCGAGUGGGCUCCCGAGUCCCGUCCUUGACCCCGUCCCAUCCUACUUCCCGGGUCUCUUCGCGGACCUUGUUGCAUGUGGCCUCAGAGAACAUCACUCCCUCUGCUAAGUCUGUCUCCGGAUCAGGCCCUUCCUGUUCACCAGUUGAAGACUGUGAACACUGAUGGUACAGCCUGAACCUAGCAGGAGGAAGACCAGUGAGGCCAGGGGUGGGGGACACCUGUGCGCAGGACGUGUAAUUGGUGAAUGCCAGUUGUUAAUAAAGGUGUGACCUCGCCGUUCUGGCACCGCCUGUUUUGUUGCUCCAGUAUUUGCCGCCCGCGCAGGGGCCACUCAUUCCUGCUUUCAGUUUCAAGCUGCAGGGUAGCUUGAUGCGCCCUUCGCCCCAGGUGUCGCCGGGAUCCAGCAUCCCUCCACACCACAGCAGAUCUGCGGCUGCGCCGACAGAGGAAGUCAGCCACAUGAGCGUCCUGCCCACGAGGCUGACAGUGGUGGCAGAGACAGACAUCGCCGGCAUGGACAGAUAGUACGGAGCAGGAAAGGAGCCUGGCAACUGCGAGUUACAGCCAGAAGGGCCAGCGUGGUCCCAGCUGCGGUUGGAAGUGCCACAGGAGGUUUCAUGUUUAACCUAUUGGAGGAGGGAGUCAUUUUUUAUUUUGAUAUGACUUCCAAUUUAGAGAGAAGUUGCAAGAAUAGUCCACGGAAGACCCAUAUCCAGAUUCACGAGCAGUUUGCUUUCUGUCCCUCUGGUGUGUGUGUCUGCAUUCCCCCCACCCUUCCCCCCACUCCAACAUUUCAGAUUAGAUUCCUGACGCCGACCUCAUGCCCCUUCACCUCUAAACCCUAGCUUUCUGAGCACAGGGACAUUCUCCUACAUUAAAGUAUUGCGGUCUCUGGCAGGGGAGCAAGCAGCGUGAGGUGUGUCAGGGCACUGGUGAGCAGCGGCAGCAUCCAAACGGGAACGCAAGCUGUCAAUAUUCAGCAAAAUCUCUCACUUUGAUGAUGGAAUGUCAGUUCUUCGUGCUUCUUUCCAUUUUUGCUUUGAAUGUUUUGAUGUGAUGACUUCGGUUUGCUGUCUGGUGAUCUGAACCUUUAAAUUAUGUAGGGACCUUUACAUUCUUUGCUUAUAGCAGUUUUCUUUUGGUUCUUAGCCACCUAAUGUAUCUUUUUCUAUUUUAAUUUCCAACAUUUUUUGUA